AUGUCGAAAAAAUCUCCAGAAGAUGCUUUUUAUGAUAAUUUGCUACUGGGCCUUAACACCACCUUAAGCAAUGUACCACGUAUUUGCAAUGUCACCAUGGAAAAGAGAACACCUUGUGAGAAAUCUAGUGUCAUGACCUGGGAACAAAGGCAUGGGGUGUAUUUACCCGAGGAUAUGAAGAAAUUUUAUUUAUCUACAGAUGGUUUUCUAUUGCACUGGAGUUAUCAAUAUGCACCCAAUGACAUUAGACGAGUGGGCUACAUACAUUUCCCCCAUCUGGUGCAAAUAACUUUGCUGCGUGAAAAUGUUGAACCCAUUUUCCAAACUAAUAACGAUAGCUCCUCCACCUCCAACACAUCUGUUGCUACUAAUCCUAACUCUAGCAUUAUUAGCAGCACUAUAAAUACCCAUUUAUCUGCUCAUAGCCUUAAUACAGCCACCACUAGCUCCUCGUCCUCAUCUGUUGCUUCGCUUAAAGAUCAAUGGGGCAAUCCUUUGCCUUUAAUAGGUCCGAAAACCAAAAUUUUCGAAUUAAAUACUGUAAAUGAAGUGGCCAAAGUUUGUUUGAUUUAUGACUCAAGCAGUUCAAAUAAUCCCAAGAUUUAUCUAUUGGAAUUGGAUUCGUUUAAAUGGGUAUUUUUGGCCGACAACUUUAGUGAGUAUCUGCGCAUGGCUAUAGCCCAUUUGGGUUUGCCCUAUUGGGAGUUGUGUUUUGCCUCGUGUGGCCUACCCUCAUGGACGGAGCAAUUAUUUUUAUUGCUGGCUCCUCAUUUGUUGGAAGAAAAUGAACCUCGACGUGCCCGCUUAAUAAAUCCCGCUCCCGAACAUCCUUAUACUAUUGUGGAUCCCAAUAUAUUUCGUGUUAAGGUCAAAUCGAAUGCCUCGAAAACCAAUUUGAAUGCUAAGCAUAAAUAUGAGGGAAAGAAAUAG